AUUUUAACUUGUGAACGGGACUUUUAUUUUGGUCUGGCGAUGUGACGUCGUAAGGCUGCGUCUCACCGAGCAACUCUCUGGCGUCUGCGAUCAGGCUGAAGAAAGACAAGAUAUUGUGUCCAAACACAAACUCCUGGUGAAGCUACUGAGAUCCACGUGACACACUUUUAUAAAGAUGGCAUUUAUUAAAGAGGAGAGUGAAGAUGUGAGGAUUGAAGAAACAUUCAGAGUCAAACAAGAAGAUACAGAGGAACAAACAGAGCUGAAGACACUGAAAGAGGAGAGUCAAGAACUGAAUGAAUUGGAAGAGAAAAAUCAGUACAUGAAACGUGACUUCAUUAUUGGAGAAAAAUACACACAGACAGAAAAGACUUCAUCACAAAAAAGAGCUCUGAAUACAGAAUCUAACAAAUGUUUCACCUGCCGUCAGUGUGGAAAGACUUUCGCUCAAAAACCAAACCUCAAUGUCCACAUGAGAGUUCACACUGGAGAGAAACCUUUCAUAUGCCAGCAGUGUGGAAAAAGUUUCACUCAAAAAGGAAACCUUAAAGUCCACAUGAAUAUUCACACCGGAGAGAUUUCUUUCACCUGCCAACAAUGUGGGAAAAGUUUCACUCAAAACGGAGCCCUUAAAAGGCACAUGAGAGUUCACACCGGAGAGAAGCCUUACACCUGUCAACAGUGUGAAAAGAGCUUCACAACAGAACUAAACCUUAGGUAUCACAUAAACAUACACACUGGAGACAAGCCAUUCUCAUGUGAUCAGUGUGGAAAGAAAUUCAAACGUAAAGUAACCCUUACAUGCCAUAUGGGAAUUCACUCAAAAGAGGACAGUUUUAAAUGUCAUGACUGUGGAAAGAGUUUCAGUCAUAAAGUAAACCUCAAGAAUCACAUGAGACUUCACACUGGAGAAAAGCCUUACAUGUGUGUUCAGUGCGGAAUGAAUUUCACAUAUAAAGCAGCCCUUAAUGCCCACUUGACAACUCACACUGGAGAGAGUCCUUACACCUGCAAACUGUGUGGGAAGAGCUUCACACGAGAACUAAACCUCAAGUAUCACAUGAAUAUUCACACUGGAGAGAAGCCAUUCACAUGUGAUCAGUGUGGAAAGAGUUUCAGACGUAAAGUAACUCUUAGUCAGCACAUGAGGAUUCACUCAAGAGAGAACUGUUUUAUAUGUGAUCAGUGUGGAAGAAGUUACACAAGCAUGAAACGCCUAAACAGGCAUGUAGUAAGUCACUCUGCAGAGAAAGUUUUCAAAUGCCAGCAGUGUGGAAAAACUUUCAGUCAUAAAAUAAGUCUUAAGGCUCACAUGAGACUUCACAGUGGAGAGAAACCUUAUAUGUGCCCUCAGUGUGGAAAGCGUUUCACUUAUAAACCAUCCCUUGAUUACCACUUGAGAGAUCACACUGGAGAAAGGCCAUAUAUAUGCAAACAGUGUGGGAAGAGCUUCUCGCAAAAAGGAAAUCUGAAGACUCACAUGAUAAUUCACACCGGAGAGAAGCCUUUUAAAUGCCAGGACUGUGGAAGGUGUUUCAAUCGAAAAGUAAGCCUUAAGACUCACAUGAGAAUUCACACUGGAGAGAAGCCUUACACAUGUCCUCAAUGUAAAAAGCAUUUCACAUAUCAAAGGGACCUGCAACAUCAUUUGCGAGCGCAUUCUGGAAAGAAACUGCAGUGUUCAGAGUGUGACAAAAGUUUUACGAAAAGUAGCAAUUUGAAAAAUCACCAGUGCAUUCACUCUGGAAGAAGUCAAUUUAAUUGUGUUCAUUGUAAUAAAAAAUUUAUUUUGCCAUUACACUUACAGAUACACCUGAAAAGUCACACAGGUGUGAGACGAUAUUUGUGUUCCUUGUGUGGUAAGAGGUUUAAAUGGCUCAGCAGUUUCAAAUGGCACCAGAAAAUACGGACCUGUUUGAAUGUAAGGCUCCGUUCACACCGUAGCUGAAUGUGGGCCAAAUCUUAUGACCAUUUCCAAUCUUUUCCUCUUUGUACUUUCCAUUUAGAAUUUUUUUUUUUUUUUUUGGUCAACUCCUCUGAUGAGCUCUACAUCUGAUGAUCUCAAUUUGUAAUAUUGAGCAGUUGCUGUAGAUGCCCUCUAAUUUCGCUUGUAUAGAGGUGCCAUUCCAUUUCAUGUAUCGAUUCCUUGGGAUCAAAAUAUUAGUAAUAUUAAACUUGCUGUGAAAUGCCACAAUGUCAUGGAAAGAUUGUAAAUAAAGUGACAUAACUGAAUGAAAUAAACAUUAAACUGCAUUAUUUGAUUGAUCUUUAGUAAGAAAAUGCACCGGUUAAACAUGUUUUCAGUCUGCACUUUAAAGGGGAUAUUGGAUGUCCAUUUUCCAGAAGUUGGUAUGAUUCUUUAGGAUCUUCAUGAAAUGUUUGUAACACACUUUGGUUGAAAUUCCUCAAUGGUCAUGUUGAGCUCUACAUCUCACAUGAGACUUCACACUGGAGAGAUAACAACACCUUUUUUACCUUGUCAAAAACAGCUCUAUUCACAGCAACCCGUUAAAGUCUCUUUAAAUUAUAAUGUGCUACUGUUCACCCCACUCCUCUCUUCCCUGCGGCGGCCUUGGACCCGUAUAUGGCUCAGAGAGUCUUAUUCAAAUAGCUAUAUAUCUACGUAAACCGGCUGCAAAUUGAAACGGCAUGUUGGAUGACAGUUUCAGACUCAGACAGCCCAUAACAAACUAAAUUCAAAAAAAUAAAAAAAAAAUCAGGCAAAUGUCAUGAUUUUUAUUUUUUCAAAUCUGGGCCUGUAUUCACAAAACAUUUUAUCUUACCACUAAGAUUUCUCCUAAAUAGCAGUAAAAGUUUUCAGCAUAGUUUUCUCUUAAAACCUAUUCACAAAGCUGCUGAGACAAACUUUUACUAAGGAACUAGAGCUUAGAUCGGGCCCAACAAAUCAAGCCCGACCCUACCCGAGCCCGAGCAAGUUGUGUCCGAGCCCGGCCCGGCCCGACACGUUCACUGUAAUUAUGAGCCCGAGCCCGAUAUAAACCCGACCAUUUUUAAUAUGUGGGCCGUUAUAACCAGGGCGGGCGCCAGAUGU